CUCUCUCUCUCUUCUCUUCUCGCUCGCUCGGUAUGGCUUAACUCGUCAUCUGUCCAAAAGCUUGCGUUGAUUUUCUUGUCUGAUCUUCCGGUUCAUGAAAGAAUUCACUAAAGGGCAUAUACCAUCGACGGAAAAAUCGGAUUUUUACGUUUAUUUCUUGAGUUCAGGAUCAUGGGUGCUGUCUCUUUGAUCGAGAAAUCAGCUCCUUUUCAGCUUUGAGGCAGGGCCCGUUUGAUUCUUGACAAUCUUGAGCUGAUUCUGAGCUCAAAGCUUCAAUCUUUACAUAAUUUUGUUGAUUUCUUUUUGGUGAAAUUUUUGGAUUUUUUUUUUUUUGGCCUCCGCUGUAUGCCAUGAUCACCGAUACUUAUCCCAACAUGAUGCCUGAUAUCUCAAUGCGAUCGAUGCUCAAGAACAGAGCAGAUUACUCUGAAGAGCUCGAUAUCCACCGGAGUGGGUCUGCACCGCCGACUGUGGAGGGCUCUCUGACGGCGGUCGGAGGAUUGUUUGAUGUCAGAAGGAGCGAUGGGAAAGGUUUUGCGUCUGAAGAGGAGCUGAGAGCUGAUCCUGCUUAUGUGAAUUACUACUAUUCUAAUGUCAAUCUGAAUCCGAGGCUACCGCCGCCUUUGUUGUCUAAGGAAGAUUGGAGGUCUGCACAGAGAUUGAGUGGUGGUGGUGGAGGAGUAGGAGGAGGAGGAGGAGGAGGAGGAGUUGGAGGGAUUGGUGAUAGGAGGAAAGUGAGUAGAGGUGGUGUUCGAGCUGGAGAGAGAGAAGAGAACGGUGGAAUGGAGGCUCAAAGGAGUGAGUGGGGUGUUGAUGGGUUGAUUGGCUUGCCGGGGUUGGGGUUUGGGAGUAGACAAAAAAGCAUUGCAGAGAUCAUUCAGGAUGACAUGAGUUAUGCAACAUCGGCCUCUCGCCACCCUUCUCGUCCAGCCAGCCGAAAUGCAUUUGAUGAAACCACUGAAGCUCCUGAAGUCCAAUUUCCUCAAAUGCAUCAUGAAUUGGAACAUAUGGAUUCGCUGCAGUCCACUGCAAAUAAAAAUACCAUGUCUGCUGUCCAUGGUAUUGGCGGGCGUGCUUCUCAUACUUAUGCUUCUGCUGUUGGUGGCUCCUUGUCUAGAAGCGCCACUCCUGACCCUCAAAUUAUUGACCGUGCUCCGACGCCUCGAAUUCCGCCUGUUGGAGCUGGGAGGGUUAAUUCGAUGGAUAAAAGAAGUGUUAAUGGCCAAAUUUUGUUGAGUUCUUCAGUCUCACCUAAUAUGGGCGAAACAGGAGAUCUUGUUGCCGCUUUAUCUGGCUUGAAUCUCUCGACAGAUGUAAUGACAGAUGAUAAGAAUCUCUCUCAGUUACAAAUGCAGCAUGACCUUGGUGAUCACAAUAACUUUUACAACUUUCAAGAUGAGAACCAAAACAAGCAACAAUCAUACAUCAGUAACGAGUUUCAGAAGCCUGCUGUUUCUGCUUCGAGCUCGUUCUUGAAAGGACAUUCUGUUCAAUAUCUUAAUGGCCGAGGGAGCUCACUGUCUAAUCAUCACGAUUUGGAAAGGUCAAGUCCUACUAAUCCAAAUUAUGGCCUAAGUGGGCUUGCCAUGAAUCCCUCUUCACCAACCAUGAUGGCAAGCCAGCUUGGGAGUGGUAACCUGCCGCCUUUGUUCAAAAAUGUCGCUGCUGCAUCAGCCUUGGGCAUGAAUGGUUUGGACCCAAGAGCACUUGGGGGAGGUUCGCCUUUGGGGCCAAAUUCUAUGGCUGCAGCAGCUGAACUACAAAAUCUUAGUAGAGCAGGAGCUCACGCUACGGUUAAUGGUUUGCAGUUCCCCCUGAUGGGCCCCUCAUAUCUUCAGUAUUCAAGAUCGAACGAGUAUGCUGCAGCACAGCUUGCUGCUCUUGGUGACCCCACCUUGUUGGAUAGGGAAGGCAUGGGCGACUCCUAUAUGGAUUUUAUGGGACUCCAGAAAGCUUACCUUGAUUUGUUGCUUUCGUCACAAAAAUCACAAUACGGUAUUCCUUACCUCGGGAAAUCUGGGAGUUUUAAUCACGGCUACUAUGGAAAUCUUGCAUGUAAUAUGGGCAUGUCUUAUCCUGGAAACCAAUUGGGGAGUCCCCUCCUUCCAAGUUCUCCUCUAGGAUGUGGUAGUCCGGUCCGGCAUGAUGAGCGCAAUGUUCGUUUUUCUUCUGGGCUUAGGAACUUAGGUGGGGGAGUCAUGGGAGCGUGGCACUCAGAAGCCGGAAGUAAUAUGGAUGAGAGCUUCUCGUCAUCUUUGCUUGACGAGUUCAAGGGUAACAAAACGAGAUGUUUUGAACUCUCCGAAAUUGCUGGUCAUGUUGUUGAGUUCAGUGCUGAUCAGUAUGGGAGCCGAUUCAUCCAACAGAAGCUUGAGACUGCGUCGACAGCAGAGAAAGACAUGGUGUUCCAUGAGAUUAUGCCGCGAGCUCUGUCAUUGAUGACUGAUGUGUUUGGGAAUUAUGUCAUUCAAAAGUUUUUCGAGCAUGGAAGUGCAUCACAAGUAAGAGAACUGGCUGAUCAGCUUGAUGGGCAUGUGCUGACUCUAAGCCUGCAAAUGUAUGGUUGUCGAGUCAUCCAGAAGGCUAUCGAGGUAGUUGAACUGGACCAGCAGACUAAGAUGGUGAUGGAGCUUGACAGUCAUGUUAUGCGCUGUGUCCGUGAUCAGAAUGGGAAUCAUGUCAUCCAGAAGUGUAUUGAAUGUAUUCCUGAGGAUGCUAUUCAUUUCAUUGUCUCCACCUUCUACGAUCAAGUUGUAACACUGUCCACUCAUCCUUACGGUUGUCGUGUCAUUCAGAGAGUCCUAGAGCAUUGCCAUGAUUCAACAACUCAACGCAUAAUGAUGGAUGAGAUCUUGCAAUCAGUUUGCAUGCUGGCACAAGAUCAGUAUGGGAAUUAUGUUGUGCAGCAUGUUCUAGAGCAUGGAAAGUCACAUGAGCGUUCUGCCAUAAUAAAGAUGCUGACUGGUCAGAUAGUUCAAAUGAGUCAGCAAAAGUUUGCCUCCAAUGUCAUUGAAAAAUGUUUGGCUUUUGGAACUCCCACAGAGCGCCAGGUCCUGGUGAAUGAGAUGCUUGGGUCGACUGAUGAGAAUGAGCCUCUUCAGGUGAUGAUGAAAGAUCAGUUCGCAAACUACGUUGUACAAAAAGUGCUGGAAACUUGUGAUGACCAGCAACUGGAACUGAUCCUUACUCGAAUAAAAGUACAUUUGAAUGCUCUGAAAAAGUAUACUUACGGGAAGCACAUAGUUGCACGUGUAGAGAAACUAGUCGCGGCUGGAGAAAGGAGGAUUAGCAUUCAGAAUCCACACCCAGCUUAGCAUAGUGUAGGAAAGCUGUACAGCUAACUGAGGAUAGAGUGACCUCUCUCUUUUCGAACUUUACUCUUAGUGAUAGCUCUGUCUAUGUAUUCAAAUAGACAGUAGCUGGCUGAAAUAAAAAUUUGCUUGUUUUGUACUUAUAGAUGUAAAACUUGUUAGUUUGGAGGAUAUACUAGAAGUUAUGAUGAGCUAAGGCCGAGGUAGCGAGCGCAUCGCAUUGCAUCGCAUCUGACGAGGAGACAGAGUUACUGUACAAGUUUCUUUCUAGAGUGUAUAAAGGGAAGAGUAGUGUAUCUCUGAUGGAUGUACAAAUGUUUCCAAGCGCAGAGAGCCUCUGUCUAGCAGAGUCGACAAAAAUUUUCUUGUGUAUGGGAUUUCAAUAUUUCCUUUCAAUGGAACUUCUUUUAUACAUUA